GGUCCCCGUGAUUCGACAUUGACAGAUUUGUUUGGAGGUCCCUAUAGCAACCAUCUAAAACUUUCGUGCACCACAGCACCAUGGACGAAUUUCAAUCCUCUGAAGAGACUGCAUUUGUCGUUGAUGAUAUAACUACAAUCAUAAAAGAUACUGUGGAGACAACUAUUGGAAGCAGUGCCUAUCAACAAAAUCGAAUUAACCAAUGGACAUCCAGUGUGGUGGAGACAAGUCUGAACCAACUGUCCAAACUGGGAAAACCCUUUAAAUACAUAGUGACAUGCAUCAUACUGCAGAAAAAUGGAGCAGGUCUGCAUACUGCCAGCUCUUGCUUCUGGGACAACACUAUGGACGGAAGCUGUACCGUGAGAUGGGAGAACAAAACCACGUACUGUAUUGUCAGUGUCUUUGGGUUGGCUGUCUGACUUGAACAACCACCAUCUAUCUUCUCCUAUUUUGCAAUCAGACAUUUUCCCAACCCCAGUGAAACCGGUCAUUGAUUUUCAGUAUAAUCAACUAAUAAAUGUAGCCCUUGGUUUUGAACUCCACAACUUGUCAAUCAUUAAAACACCCGUCUUAUUCCUUAUCAUAUUAAGCGGUUUAGAAGUUUAGCUAAGUUCAUAAAUCUGCA